GUUCUUGGUUUGAUGUUAUGAAGCUGGCCGGGCUGCCUCAAAGUUUGGCGGGCUAAUCGACCCCAGUGAACGGGCUGUCAGGCUGCCAGGUGGCAGGGGGGAGGAAGAGGAGGGUGGGGGCCGAGGCUGAAGGGGAAAAGGAGAGGAAAGAACCAGAAAGACAGGAAGGCUGCGUGUGAACCUGCGGCUCAGCAGGGAACUGGGAAUAAUGGGAACCACUUAUGGAAAGAAGAAGGCGUACAGCAUCGACCACGAGCCUCCUACGAAGCAGCAGUACGUGAAAAAUGGAAAGCACCCGCACGGCAAAGCCUCGGCGUACGCAAACCUGCAGCAGCACCGUCCUGAGGGCAGGAAGCCGUCCCCGGUGUCCGGCUACGUCCCCCAGCCCGACUACCUGGACGGAGACGAGGACGAGGACCUCAUCAAACCCAAGAAACUCGUGAAUCCUGUGAAAGCGUCAAAAAGUCACCAAGAGCUUCACCGAGAGCUGAUGAGCAGCUGCAAACGCGGCGGGUCGAGUACGGUGGAGACGAAGCCGGAGCUGCAGAGAGUUCUGGAGUCGAGGAAACGAGAUCAGAUCAUCAAACAGAGGAAACAGGAAGACGAAGCUCGCAAGAAGAUUUCUCCUCUGGAGGCCGAACUGCAGAAGAGACACAAGAAACUGGAGGAGAUGGAGAAACAACAGGAGAAAGAGCAGGAAGAGAACCUGAAAGCUCCAGAGUUCGUCAAAGUGAAGGAAAACCUGAGACGGACGUCGUUUCAGGGAAAAGACGAGAAAGAGGUGUAGAGACGGAGACGCCGUCCAUCAGAGAAAACACUUUGACACGUGUACAGGUCAAUCAGAGACACAUUGUGAGGACUUCUCACUGCACGCUGAGGAGACACUGAGGAGACGCUUAGGAGACGCUGAGGAGACGCUGAGGAGACGCUGAGGAGACGCUGAGGAGACGCUUAGGAGACGCUGAGGAGACAC